AUGGACGCGGCCGUCUCCCUGCACCACCACGGCGCGCUCCCCGCCGCCGCCACCUCCUCACUCCCUCCCCACCACCAGCAACACCGCUCCCUCCACCUCAAACACCCUCUCCCCACCAUCUCCACCCGCCUCACCACCACCUUGCCGCCAUCCAGGACGCCCCGCCGCUCCUCCACAUCCACCACCGCUCCACCGCCCGUCCCAGCGCGCGCCGCCACCACCAUCAGCAGCGCCCGCGCCGCCACGGGCUACGCGGCCGCGCUGGCCGACGCGUCCCUGCGCGCGGGCACGCUGCCACGAGCCGCCCGCCACGCAAGCGCGCUCCUCCGCCGCCUCCAGGACCCGCCGCGCGGGCAGCGCCUCGAGGAGGCCGACGGCCGGGUGAGCGCGCUCGUCAGGAUGCUCGUCGGCAAGGGCAAGGGCGGCAUGGUCGCCGACGUCCUCGCCGAGUUCGCCGCCAUCUGCGACCGCCUGCUCGCACCGCCGCCCAACUCGGCCUCGAGCAAGCGCGCCCACUCACGCGCCUCCUACUCCUACUGA